AUGACUGCCAGCAUAAGAGCAAAGCGGCCGGCAGCGCUGCAGCGCCGACGGCACCGGGACAACGCGUCCAGGUCCCUGCGGGGCGGGACGAGCGGCACCGGGACAGCCGUCGGGGGGCACGUGCGGCGGGUGGAGGCAGCGCUGGGGCUGAGCUCCGGGACGGAGCCCCCCCGCCUCUCCCCGCCGGGAGCCCUCCGGGGCGGGGAGGCGGGCGGGGGGGGGUCCGGGCUGCCCGCGGCGGCACCCGCCCCCGCCGGAGGCAGGACGGAGGCACGGGGGGCCGGGGGCGGCCUCAGCCCCGGCCCCGUGAGGAGGCGUCAGGAGCGGGAGCUCCGCUCGCGCCCGGUCCCGGCUCCGUAUAAAUGGGGGUCGGCGACGACGGCGGCGGCAGCGAUCGGCCCAGCCGCAGCCAGAGCCGGAACGCGAAGCCCGGCGGGGGCCGGCCCGCAGCGGAGCGCGGCUCGACGGCGGUGCGGGCAGGGAAGCGGCAGCGGCACCGGCACGGGCAGGGGAAGAGGCACCGGCAGGAUGGGCGGCAGCCCCCGGCGGCCCGGCGCGCUGCUGCUGCUGGCUCUGCUGGCUCUGCUGGCUGCGCAGGGCGGCGCGGCCCCGCUGCAGCCCGGCGGUUCCCCCGCGCUCACCAAGAUCUACCCCCGCGGCAGCCACUGGGCUGUGGGACAUUUAAUGGGGAAAAAGAGCACUGGGGAUAUUCCUUAUGCUUAUGAAGAAGAAAACAAGAUCCCAUUUUCAGCGUUACCUGAAAACAUCAAGCAGCUGGAUGACUAUCUGCAGUGGGAAGAGAUGUCCAAACAUUUGCUACAGCUGCUGGAAGGGAAUGAAAAUAAAAGUGCUCACUUCUCAAAAGGAGGGCUUCCCUGGCACACCAGGAACUCAUGGGAGACAGAUGACAGUAGCAGCUGGAAAGAUGCGAUGGAGUAUCUGCUGCAAGCUGUGAAUACGAAGGAGAGCACUCCGAGCUGAAAGGAAGUCUCUACACCUGAAGAACUGGAACGCUUUCCAUAAGAGACUAUGUUUCACAAGCACUUGAUUGUAUCAGAUAAUCAGCAAGGUUUCUUUCCUGUCAACAACAUUUCCGUCGUGUAAGAUACCUAAAUACACGUAUUCUUGUAUGUUUCGGCAAUGA